AUGAUAGGCAACUUGAUUACUGACCUUUGGGCGGCGGGUGGACUUUGUGACAUUUUAGAUUAUCGUGGAGGUGACCUCCUCAACCCCCCCGCCAAUACCAGCCAGAGCUCUGGCAGUUCUCGAGGCGGUUCGAGUGCCUCAACUUUGCGCGGCCUCAACAAUCACGAGAGUUUGAUCACACCCAAAAAGCUUGGAGAGGUCCUUGCCCCAACGUCUCAACGUUUGGACCGCUCAAUUUUACGUAGUAACAGCGGCGAGUCGGUCCCCGGACUGGAAUCGCGUCGACGUCCCAAGGUGAAAGCUUUGACCACUAGUCUGGCCAAAACCCCUCGCGAUGCAACUGCCACCCCGGCCCCCGAAAACCAGAAACGCCUUUGUACUCAAUCACCUACCGAGUUUGAACAGCCCCUUCUCCAAUCAACCUCGAAUAACCCCACCCAAAGCGACGACCCGUUGAGUCACUUCCAACCCACGACUGGCGAACCUGUCGCCAACUUCCGUGCUCUCGCGGACGAGGAACGCAACUUCAUUGACCGAAUGACGUCUUCUGCUGACUUGGACGCGAAGCAUAGUGACUAUGCUCGAGAACUUGGCGAGGUUAAUGGCGAUAACUAUCGCCAUUUGGCGCUUUGUGGGAAUAUUGCAAGGACACAAUUCUACCUCUGUAGAAUCUCUCAACAGGUUUCCACCCUCGCGGAACAGGUGGCCGAACAGUUUGGAAUCCUUCACCAGGAUCUCACUGACAAGAUGAACGUCAUCUCAGCCAACGUCGACGAUCUCAGUGAGGCGGUCCAGUCUGGCGGUCUCAAACCAGCACCCACGGCGACUUCAACUUCGACAUCGACAUCGACAUCGACGUCGACAUCGACAUUGGCAUCAGCAGCCUCUGCCAAAGCGGCUCGCACGGCGACAGUUUCCGAGUGGAAGGCAUCGCGCCAGUUGAAAGCCUUGCUGAACGAAUUGUCAGUCCAAUUGAUCCCCGAAGCUGAUCUGCAGUCUUACACCGAAAUCGAGGAUCGAGCUAAGAACUAUCUCCCGAGAUCUCUCUUCAAUCGUGUUAGGCUCCGUGUCGCAAAACAAGACGCAGAAUGGAUUGCUUUACACCUUCCCAAACAAAUUCGAGGAGUUAACGAUGGCGAAGGGCUCCGCAAGUACGCGACUGCUAUCAGGGACUCGGGUAAACACGCGCGCGAAAAAUUACACUUAUUGUUAUUAACCAACGUGCACAACCAAAAGCAUGGGGCGGUGAAGGGUGUUGCCGUGCCCACACUGAUCGCAUUGUGGCAUCGAAUUGCGUUGAAAUGUGGACUAAUUGGGGGAGAUGUAGAUGCCAUAACAGCUUGGCGCGCGGCGGACGAGGUCACUCGAAGCAGGAUUGCAUACCUACGUCGCGAAGCCACCCGUCUUCGACAAACCCCUUCUGCAACCAACAUAUGGUCUGCGGUGGACAAGCAGCUUGACCUUCUCCGAGAUAAAGAAAAGGAUCUACCAGAUUAUACAACUUCCUUCUACGAUAUCAUCUAUCAGAAUGACAACGAGAUAUUCAACGGCAAGAGGAGUUGGAGUGAGAUCAAGGAGAACUAUGUGCUUGCAUUACCCACGGAGGAUGCGAUUGUUGCGGGAACCUCUGGGGUAGUUGAGGAAGCGGUCCCACCUCUAGGAGGCAAGGGAGAUGGCGAAGAUGUGGGCUCCGAACAUGAAGACUCGAUUUGA